AUGGAAAACAAGCCACUUCAGAGCCGCUCCCAGCUCAUCAAGCUUUCACCGAUCAUUAGCAAGGAUGGCCUUCUUCGAGUCGGUGGACGACUGGAUAAUUCACAAUUACCAGCUGAGGUCAAGCACCCAAUUUUGCUUCCCAAAUCGCACAUCAUUACAAGGAUGAUUUUGGAACACGAACAUGCGUCAAAUCUGCACCCUGGAGUUUCAGCACUUUUUGUCAUUAUCCGUCAAAAAUAUUGGGUCUUUGGCGCACGCAACCUCAUAAGGAAUCUGGUGCACAAUUGCAUCAAAUGUUUUCGCCAACGAAGUCAAACAGCACAACAAUUCAUGGCCGAUCUACCGGGGAUUCGCAUUACAGAAGCACUUCCCUUCCAGCACUCAGGCUGCGAUUACGCUGGACCAUUCAUUCUCAAGGAAAGAAGAGGUCGAAAUCCAAGGAAAACUAAGGGCUACAUAUGUCUGUUUGUCUGCCUCGUAACAUCAGCCAUUCACUUGGAACUGGCCACCGAUCUCAGCACAGACACCUUCACAGCAUGUUUUCGUCGUUUCAUGUCUCUGCGUGGGAAAUGUUCUCAAAUCUUUAGCGACAACGGGACGAAUUUUUUUGGUGCCAAGCGGGCUUUAGAUGAAAUGCAGCAACUUUUAUCUUCACAGGAGCAUCGUAAUACAGUAGCGCAAACUUUGGCCACCGAUGGCAUUAAAUGGAAUUUCAUACCUCCACACUCGCCACACUGGGGCGGAGAAUGGGAGUCAGCGGUACGUUCUGUGAAAUUGCACCUUCGACGCGUCGUGGGAAAGACGAUCUUGACCUUUGAGCAAAUGCAAACUCUAAUCGCCCAGAUAAGCGCGGUUGUGAACUCAAGACCGUUGUGCUAUACAUCUGACACGGACCUCUCAUACUUGUCGCCAGCCCACUUUCUUAUUGGACGCCCAUUUACAACUGUUCCAGAGGGUGAUCUAUCUCAUUUGCCAAUCAAUCGCAUGGACAAUUGGCAACAUUUGCAAUCCAUGUAUCAAGGAUUUUGGAAACGCUGGCACCAGGAAUAUUUAACAUCGCUACAGCAACGUCACAAGUGGAACAGCAAGGAACGCAACAUUUCAGUGGACAACGUCAUGCUUGUAAAGGACUCAAAUCUUCCACCAGCAGCUUGGCAACUAGCCCGUGUGUUAAAAGCUCAUCCUGGACCAGAUGGAUUUGUACGCGCCGUGAAACUUAAGACAUCCACCGGAGAGAUGACUAGACCUAUCACCAAGCUAGCAGUAUUGCCUAAUUCUGAAACCGUGUUUCAGGGCGGCCCGGGAUGUUGA